GACAAAUGGUCUAGACAAAAGAUGUGGCGAUAUGAUUCUGAUCAACGAAAGGGUAGAUCAUGGACUGUAGCUUUGAAACGAAAGAAAUCAUGUGGAACUACUUACAUCAGACGAGGAUGGAGAAGUUUCUGUCAUGCUAAUGGACUUAGAGCUGGAAGUUUCUUCACUUUCAAACUGAUCGAAAGGGGAGGAACUCUGGGUUUACGUUUAUCCCACAGAGAGCUAGAUGAAGAAGCUAAUGCAAUAGACAACAACCAAGACGAGAGAAGCUCACGUCACGUGAAAGCUUCUUCUUUACCACCUCAAAACCGAUUUGUGAGAGUAACUCCUACACCUUACAACGUAGGACAAUCUAAACUGAUUCUUCCAGUACCUUUCACAAAGGUGAAUGACAUCAUAAAGGCAAAGAAGAUGAGUUUUUUGGAUAAACAUGGCGUGAAGUGGUCUACCAAUCUGUGGUUUGAGGAAAAAUGUAAAAGAAUGAGAUUGUCAGGAGGUUGGAAAGAGUUCUGCUACGCUAAUGAUGUGAAGAUAGGAGAGUCGAUCAUCCUGGAGCUUAUUUGGGAAACAGACAGAAGCUCUGUUCUUAAGUUUUGUUCCAAGGUGAAACCAGAAAACAAAUGAAAGUGUUCCUGACGUCAUUAAAGUGCUAAAUCAAUGUUUUAACUUGUGACAAGGUGUAUUUCUGGAAUGCUAUUUAUGUGUGAAGUCAUUGUAAGUUUUGUUGUGUCGAUAUUUUUGUGUGAAGUCAUCGGUUGAUCGGGCA